CUUCAUAACCGAUCAGGACCGUUAUUUCCUUUUGGUGGUGGCAUAUGUUACGUGUGUACCCUACAUGUAUAUUAAGACUAGAUCCUCCCCCAUACAACUUGGACAAUGCAACAUCAAUAAUACCAUAUUGUGAUAAGUCUUCUCCCCAAGAAGUAUAGCUUUCCCAGCAGCUCCGCUACUUUCGCUUAAAUACUUAGCAAUCCACUCCAGUAGCUUCACCUUGUUUCUAAUUUUCAGUCAAGGAGGUAGAGAUCCGUUCCUGGUCCACCAAAAUCACCUGCAAGCACAAUGUCUGGCACGGAGAACUGGAAAGACUUGUCCAGCUGGAGGACCCGGGACCCAGUCACAUCAACAGCCAAAAGCCCAUCCCAGCCUCGUGAUUCCCGUCAGAACCUACUAGGAGCACAAUCCUGGAGAACUAGAGAAGUCACCAACAAUGCAGGGCCCCAGAGUCCACAGCAAGAGCCGCGCAAGACCUGGACCCCUAGAAGUCGUCCAUUUGACCGCGAGCGGACAAUAGACAAACGGCAAGUAGACGAAGAAAGCGCCGCAAAAGCCAUUGCUGAAGGCCGGCGCAUCUAUAUGGGAAACCUGCGCUACCAGGCAGAGCCCGACCACAUUGAAGAUCUACUCAGAACCAACGACCUAGGAAGUUUUGAGUCGAUCCACAUCUCCAUCGACCCCUUUACGGGGCGUAAUCCAAGCUACUGCUUUGUUGAGUUUCCGGACCGCGAGUCAGCCGAUCUGGCCAUAUCUACGUUAGAGGGCAAGCUGCUUCUUGGUAGAGAGGUCAAGUGCCGUCCGUGCAUACCAAAGGGCGGCGCAUCUAGUGCAAGAGAGGGCGAGGGCGUCAAGCGCUGGGGCCACUGGACGGGAGAGAAUACUACUGGGGAUGAAGGAGGCAAAGCAUCCUUGGGGCAGGAUAUUCGACAAGGGAAACAGGAAGGCUCGUCGUCUCCAUUUACUAGACAUAAGGAUGAUUCCAACAACCAACGAUUGUACGUCGGUGGUCUACCGCGGAUGCACGAUCAAGCAACCAACUCUGCCGAAAUCAGAGAGUUAUUCAAAGAGUUUCAAGUAGAAGCAAUAAGCAAACGGGUCACUGCCCAUGAAUCAAUCCGUGCUAAACCUGGCCAUCACGAUUUCUGCUUUGUUGAUUUUGUGACGCCAGAGCAGGCUCAAGCGGCAAUAGAUGCCAUCAACGGUACAUAUUUUCGUGGCGGGCGGCUGAAGGUGUCCUUUGCUAGCGGCCGCUCUCGCAAGUGGCAGGAGAGGGAAAACAUCGACGUUAGUGGAUAACGUACGAACUAG